AUGUACCCCAGCUCUCAGUCGGCCAGACACCCGGCACAGGCCCUGUCAAUGAGCAGUCAGUACAUCCCGCCUCCGUAUGACUUCUACCAUCACCACGGUGACCCGUCGCCGACGAGCGCCUGGAGCUCCAUUUACGCGCCGCGGGAGGAGUACGCGUACAGCUACCCGGGAUCGAGCCCCAGCGCCGGGCAGGUGAGCAGCUUCACCCCGGUGGAGCUGAGCGGCACGCCCACCGCCGCUGGAGGGGGGUCGUUCGCCCCGUACAACUUCAUCUCCGGACAGGACCCCUUCAACUGCAGGGGGAGGCCGCAGGAGCCCCUCCGACCGUCCGCUCCAGGAGGGAAGACUCGCACGAAGGACAAGUACAGGGUGGUGUACACUGAUCAGCAGCGUCUGGAGCUGGAGAAGGAGUUUCAGUCCAACCGCUACAUCACCAUGAAGAGAAAGACCGAGCUGUCAAUGGCGCUGGGCCUCUCUGAGAGACAGGUGAAGAUCUGGUUUCAGAACCGACGUGCCAAAGAGAGGAAAAUGACCAAGAAGAAGCUGCAGCAUUCCCAGCAGGCCUCCACCACUACACCCACCCCACCUGCACUCUGUGGCCCCGCCGACAUCAACAUCACCACCAGCCCCAGCAGCAACAUCCUGUCCGAUGCAAUAUCAGAGGAUUACUAGGUAGAUUUCACAUGACUGAUGGAGGAGUGUACAUAAAGUCUUUUUUGUAAGUUUACCACAGAAUGAAUGAAGAUGAUUCACAUCAACAUGACGUUGUAAUGCUGCACCUUCUGCCUCUCACAAUAACAAGCACUGUACUUUUCUUUUGUACCGAUCAUCUCUGCGUUCGCUGACCACAGCACUUUUUACUUGUCCUCAGACCUGUGUUUUGAAGAACUGGUAGUUAAAGUUUUGAAAGUUCCUGUAUUUAAUGUUAGUGGAAGUUGAGAAAUGUGCUGCAAAGUCACGCAUUAGCCACAUGAAGCCACAUAAGAGAAGAGGAUUGUUUUUUCUUCUCACCCUAACCACAUCCUCAAAGUCAAAGAACAUAAAAAAAAAGAUGGUUAUCAGAUAGAUCAAAAAACACUGUUUCAGUUUUUUUGAAUGUUUGAGAAAUAGAGAUAGAAUAUGUUAAUGUUCUUUCUGUUGAAAUGUUGAUGCAGGUUGUAUUAUUGCAAAGGAAGUAAAAAUCAGUACGUUGUAGUCAGUGGGAGGAAGGCAGCUAUGUGGAGAAAUGGAGGUGAUGAAU